AUGUUUUAAUAAUCAUAGUUUAGUGAAUAAAAAAAUCAAUCAGCAUACAAACAAGGAAUAAACUAUAAUGAACAAAUUACAAAUAUGACAAUUAAGAUGAUGAAAAGACUUAAAAUAUCUACAAUUGAUAAAAAUGAGAUCUUAUAUUAAGAUAAAUAAAUUACAUUAAUCCAGAUUGUAGCAAGAGCAUCAAAAAUCUCUGAAUAAUAGAACAAAGCAUCAAUAGUAAUUAAUGAUGAUAGUGGCUCUGAAACUCUUACUUUACUUUUAUCAGAAAGUAAUUAGAUUAAAGAAAUGUAUUAAAUUUUUGAAAAAGAAGAAGAAUUAAAUACAAAUUAUUUUUAAUUCUUACUUAGAACUAGAAUUCAAAAAGAGUAAAUAAUCUUUGAUAUUAUGAAUAUAACAAAAUUAAAUUAAGUUGGUUAAGUAAUUUAACAUAUGCUUAAUAUUAUACAAUAAGCAAUUAAAUCUAAUCAAAUUAAAAAUCAAAUUUUUAUAUAAACAAAUACAUAAAUUGUAGAAGAAGAAUAAUUUAAAUAAUAAUAAUUAAGUUUGUCAGAUAAAGUAAAAAUAUAUCAUUAAAUAUUAGAUUUUAAAUUAUAUCAAAUAGUCUUCUGAAACUAAUAUCCCCUAGUAAAAUAUUUUUAACAAAUUUUCAGAAUAGUACACUCUAUAAGAAAUUAAGUAUUUAAUUCUCUAAUUAAAAGAUAAUCAAUAAAGCAAUUAUUAGAAAAUGGAAAUAUCUAGUCAGGAUAGGGUAUAAAUAAUUAUAUGCUAGCUGAUUGA